GUCCUUUAGCCCCUCCUCUUUUCGUACGAAGUCCACCCAAAACCAAAUCCUCACCAUUAAAACUCACUCUCCUCAUCAUCAUAGUAAUCAUCAUCAUCAUCGCACAUACAAGACAAGGAGAAAGAGAGAGAAGGUGAAGAGGAAUUGCAGAGAUCAUUUCUAUUAUGGAAAUGGCCCAAGUUGGGGUGCGAACCAGAGCUCGUGCAUUGGCCUUGGCGGCGGCGGCUGCUGCUACCACUACUGGCACUGCAAGGAAAAGGAAAGUGAAUAAUCGAGAACUGAUGAUGUCCACAUCAUAUAUUGGACCAAGGAGUACCUCCAGAAGACGAGUCUUAAUUACGCCUGAGAAUUCAGUUUCAGUUUCACCGGAAAUAAAUACCGAUCAACGGACUGUAAUUCGGGACAGAUGCUCCAGCCCUAGCUCAGAUCACGCCUCAGCUUCUUGUUGCUCGAGUUAUGGAUCAAGUGGUCAGAGAAAUAAUAAUAAAUUCGCAGAUCUGGAGGCGGAGAGCGUUGAAGUUGAAACGUCAGUGUAUUAUAGCUGUAGAGAAAGGAAAGAAACCACGCCGUCAAGCCAACUUCAACCAGCAUCAUCAGGCGAACUGGAUUCGACGGAGAGACCAUCAUCGGAGGCGAAUUCUCGCCGUAGAUCAACGGGUGAGAAGAUGCCGACGGAGUUUGAGCUCGAUGAAUUCUUCGCAGUAGCCGAGAAGAAUCUCAAAAAACAAUUUGCAGACAAGUAUAACUACGAUAUCGUCAAGGACGAGCCAUUGGAAGGACGGUACGAGUGGUUGCGAUUAAAGCCGUAAAGGAAACAAAAACCAAAAACCGAAAAAAAAAAAAAAAAACAAGGGAAAGAAACAAUUAGUGGUUCCUCAUCUCUGAUAAAUUUAUCAUCACUUUAGUUACUGCGACUCCUAAUUUAAUUUUCUAGCAAGCUAGCUGGCUCUUUCUCUAGGUUUAUUCUUCUUCUUCUAUUGUUUCUCUCUCUCUUUGUGGUUUAAUGUACAGCUCUCUCUCUCUCUCUCUCUCUCUCUGUGUUAGAAUUAUUAGAAGCUGAGGCUGCUGUUUGUUCUUUUGUACUAGUUUAUACGGAGAAUGCUUCUUCUGCAACGAAGAUAAAAUUUGCAGAAAUUGUAAAAUCCACUUAGUGAAGAGCAAACAGUUGAAUAACGAAAUUUACCUUUUUCGAUUCUUAUUUCA